GAGGAUACCGAAAUUACUAUCGGUUCUGCAGUAGUCGAUGAAAAAGAAGUAGCUGCUGAAGCAAUUGGUGAAAUAUUUGAAAACACACGAUCACAUUUUAUUCCCUAUGUAGAAUCGACUCUUCAAGAGUUGAUAAAACUUUCGAAUCAUCAUUCAGAGAGUGUAAGAAAAGUGGUGGUUGGAUCUUUAUUUAGCUUUUUGUCCACAUUUUAUAGUAUGUCAAACCCUACCAAAUGGGAGCCUGGUUUACCUGCGAAAGUUCCUAUCCAUGAAAAUGUGUAUAAUAUGGCCAAAGCUGUCUUAUCAACGAUAUUAACCAUGUGGGAGGACGAAGAAAGCAAAAUUGUAGUAAUUCAAAUUUGUGCCGAGCUUGCCGAUACCAUCAAAAUCUGUGGGCCCGCUAUAAUUGCCGAUUAUAUAAGGCCGAUUGCAGAAAAUAUUCUUUUACUUUAUCAGAAAAAAGCUGUGUGUCAGCAAGAUAAUGAUGACGACGAAGGUCUGCUGGAUGAUGAUGACGAAGCAGAAUAUGACUCGCUUCUUAUAAAUAAUGCAUCAGAUCUUGUUGCAGCGAUGGCUUUGAUUCUUGGAUACGAUUUUGUUCCAUAUUUCAAAGA